CACAGGGUGACUUCUUACUUGUGUUUUCCAUCACUCGCAAAUGCCAAGUUGCACUGUCAGUUGUCACGAAACAGCCAAUUGGUCAAAAUAGUUCUCAAGCACUCAAGCAGAGUCAACUUGUCAAGCAGUGAAGCACCUAACUUGAAAAUUUGAAACAACAGUGCAUGCAAAUCUGGCCUAGUGCCCUAGUUCAUGCAUUUCUAGAAUAUCAGGAUGACUGCUGGACUUUUGUCACUGAAAUGGAACAACCACCAGUCAACUUUUAUCAGCAUGUUAACAGACAUCAGGUGUAAGGAGUCACUGAGUGAUGUGACACUCUUGUGUGGGGACAAAUUUUACCCUCUUCACAAGUUUGUGUUAUCAACAUGCAGUGAAUAUUUUGAGAACAUUUUCCAAAAAACAACAUGUAAACACCCAGUGGUAGUUCUCAAAGACAUAAGUUCAGAAGAUUUUGAAGCAUUGUUACAUUACAUGUACAUUGGUGAGGUCAAUGUGGUUCAGGAGAAGCUAUCCAGCCUCAUAAAGGCAGCAGAGAGCUUGCAGAUUAAGGGUUUGGCUGGUCCAGAUGAUGUAGAAAAAGAUGUGUCUAGUGAAAAUCCUAGUCCUUGCCGUGCUAAGAGGGUUCUCAAUGUUGCUAAAGAAGACAUUUCAUAUUCUAAAAAGAAGAGAAAACUCUCCACCACAUCGUCUGAAGAUGGUGGACAUCAUUCUGAUAUCACCCAGACUCGUAGUGAUGGGAAGAGAUCUAAAAGCUUGAGGCUUAAUGCAAUGAAAACUGAAGACAGCAACACAAUUCUAAAUCCAAAAACAAAAGAUUUGCAUGAAGAUGUUUAUUCUUCUUGCAUGGAAUCAGAAGGAAAUUUUAUUGAAGUAAAUCAGAGUAAUGGCCAGUAUGCUGAUGUCAAAGUAGAACCUGAGGAAGAAGAUGUUACUUCAUGUUUAGAUCUUCAAGAUUCCAAACACCUCCUGCAGGGGCAGUAUUUAGAUAACAACCAAGACAACGGCUCACAGACCGGGGAGUCUCUGGACCCUUCUCAUCUGGAGGUCUUGAGUGGGUGGAAUGAGUGCAUUGGCAACGACACAUUUGAGAGCUCGCUGUCUUCCUACCAAGAGCAUUCAGUUCUGAGCGAUCCGUGCGCUUCUGCCACCGACCACUUCCCGCAUGCCGAAGCUUAUCUGGAGGAAACCCCGAACAACCUGGCCUUUUCGACAAGACUUCUCAAUUCUGCUUUCCCUUUAACCAUCCCUCAUCAGCCAGUUCCUAGAUCCUCCCGUGGCAGAAAACAAUCUUCAUCUUCACAUUCACAUUCUCGCAGUUUAUCGGCAUUUGCUCACAGUUCUUCUUCGUUACAACGGAACACGAGUGUUCGUAGUUCGAGUUUCUCAGGAGCAAGGAUGUUGCACUGCAGCGUAUGCUCCUACACCACCAACAGACCUGCCAAACUCACCAUCCACAUGCGCACGCACACCGGCGAGAAGCCUUUCGCCUGCCACCUUUGUUCCUACCGCUCCGCUCGCAAGGAGUCCGUCCGGACCCACAUGCGCCUACAUGAUCGCGAUGCCAACGCCAACCUCAUGUGACUCCGCUAAGCAGAGCGCUACAAAUAACUUUGGUGAGCAGUGCGCUACAAAUAACUUUGGUGAGCAGCGUGCUACAAAUAACUUUGGUGAGCAGCGCGCUACAAAUAACUUUGGUGAGCAGCGCGCUACAAAUAACUUU